AACAAGCUAGCCUCCCGCCUGCUGUACCAGUAAACAGUGUCCUUCUCCCACGUCUGUCGAGCAACUUUUUCACGCUGUUCUAUUAACGAAGACAGGUGUUUGGCAGGAACCAAUGGGAUGCUUGGGGGCAGGUGUUCCUGUUGAUACAGGAAUGCCCACAUGCAGGAACACCCCGAAUUGCAGGCUGCAGUUGAACACUAAUUGUACUGGCUCGGUGAGAGGUUUGCGCUGCUCGAAUAUAAAAUGAACUAUAUAUUUUUUAAGAUUUCGCACACAAAAGCAAUAUAUGUGCCAGUAAUGUUAAAUUAGUUUGAGUAUAAGUACCCGGGACCAUUUCACUUUCACGCAAGCCUAUAUCUGAAAGAGACAUGAUGAGAGACAUUACAUGAAAUUAGAGGAUCUGCUUGAAUAAAGGCCGCUGCUGCUUUGUCGGCUAGGAGGAAGACCAGCUAGCCUUUUGCAGUGAGCCUUUCAAAUGAUCCGAAGGGAAGGGAAGAGACCAAAGAAAGGAGGAGAGAAGGAUAGAGAGAGGGGGAACUCUGAAAGAGAGAGGGAGAGGAGUGGAUCGCGGAGCGGACUGACCAUGCAUUCAAGGCCUAUAGGCAGAAACCCUCAUGAACUGUACUAUCUGAGAAUGCAGAGGACGAGAGAGAAGACUGACAAGAUGGAGGAGAGCAAAGCCACAAGGAAGCUGCGGGUGUGUGUGGCGACGUGUAACCGGGCAGACUACUCCAAGCUGGCACCUAUCAUGUUUGGGAUCAAGGCCAAGCCGGAUGAGUUUGAGCUGGAGGUGGUGGUGCUGGGAUCACAUCUCAUUGAUGAUUAUGGCAACACGUUCCGGAUGAUCGAGCAGGAUGACUUUGACAUCGGCUCCAAGCUGCACACCAUCGUGCGUGGGGAGGACGAGGCAGCCAUGGUGGAGUCAGUGGGUCUGGCGCUGGUCAAGCUGCCAGAUGUCCUCCACCGUCUCCGUCCCGACGUUCUGGUCGUCCACGGCGACCGCUUCGACGCCCUCGCCCUGGCAACUGCUGCCGCUCUGAUGAACAUUCGCAUCCUGCACCUGGAGGGAGGAGAGGUGAGCGGCACCAUCGACGACUCGAUCCGUCACGCCAUCUCCAAGCUGGCCCACUACCACGCCUGCUGCACCCGCACCGCCGAACAGCACCUCAUCGCCAUGUGUGAGGACCACACUCGCAUCCUGUUGGCGGGCUGCCCCUCCUACGACAAGCUGCUGGCCGCCCAUCACCGCGACGACUACAUGGACAUCAUCAGGAACUGGCUCGGAGACAAUGUGAAGGAGCACGACUACAUCGUGGCCCUGCAGCACCCGGUCACCACCGACAUCAAGAACUCCGUCAAGAUCUACGAGCUGAUGUUGGACGCCCUCAUCUCCUUCAACAAGAAAACACUCGUCCUCUUCCCCAACAUAGACGCAGGAAGUAAGGAGAUGGUGCGCGUGAUGAGGAAGAAGGGCGUGGAGCAGCACCCUAACUUCCGGGCGGUGAAGCACGUGCCCUUCGAGCAGUUCAUCCAGCUGGUGUGUCACGCUGGGGCCAUGAUCGGCAACAGCAGCUGUGGCGUCAGAGAGGCAGGGGCCUUCGGGACCCCCGUCAUCAACCUGGGGUCCAGGCAGACUGGGAGAGAGACUGGUGAAAACGUCCUCCAUGUCCGAGACGCAGACACUCAGAAUAAGAUCUACCAUGCCCUGGAGCUGCAGUUCGGGAAGAGAUACCCCUGCUCGAAGAUCUACGGCGACGGAAAUGCGGUGCCUCGCAUCAUGAAGUUCCUGCAGACCAUCGACCUUGAUGAGCCGCUGCAGAAGACCUUCUGCUUCCCCCCCGUCAAGGAGUGGGACAUCUCCCAAGACAUCGACCACAUCCUGGAGACUCAGAGCGCGCUAGCCGUCGACCUGGGGGGGACCAACCUCCGUGUGGCCAUCGUCAGCAUGAGGGGUAAGAUAGUGAAGAAGUACACUCAGGCGAACCCCAAAAACUACGAGACGAGGAUCGAGCUGAUACUGAAGAUGUGUGCGGAGGCAGUCUUUGACGCUGUUCAUCUCAACUGCCGGAUUCUGGGAGUGGGUGUGUCGACUGGGGGCAGGGUGAACCCCCAGGAGGGUGUGAUCCUCCACUCYACCAAGCUGAUCCAGGAGUGGAGCUCCAUYGACAUCCGCACCCCCAUCUCUGACGCCCUCCACCUGCCCGUCUGGGUCGACAACGACGGCAACUGUGCCGCCCUGGCAGAGAARAAGUUUGGCCACGGCAAAGGAGURGAGAACUUUGUCACCAUCAUCACUGGAACAGGCAUCGGCGGGGGCAUCAUCCAGCACAACGAGCUGAUCCACGGCAGUACGUUCUGCGCGGCCGAGCUGGGCCACAUCAUGGUGUCUCUGGACGGGCCGGAGUGUAUGUGUGGCAGCCAUGGCUGCAUCGAGCUACGCAUCAGGCAUGGCCUGCAGAAAGAAGCCAAGAGGCUCCAUGACGAGGAACUGCUGGAGGUGGAAGGGAUGGUGGAUCUGAAGAAGGCUGAGUCCGUCAGCGCCAUCCACCUCAUCAACGCAGCCCGCCUGGGCAACCGCAAGGCUGAAGCSGUUCUCAGAACAGCCGGCAUGGCCCUCGGAGUGGGCAUCGUCAACAUCCUCCACAUGGUCAACCCCUCUCUGGUCAUCCUGUCGGGAGUGCUGGCCGCCCACUACCAGGCACCUGUCCAGCAGGUCAUAGGUCAGAGAGCCCUCACCUCCGCCCAGCGCAUCCAGGUCCUGACAUCCGACCUCGAAGAGCCCGCCCUACUGGGGGCCGCUAGCAUGGUGCUGGACUACACAACCAGGCGCAUCUGUUAAGAACGUUACGGUAAUGGACGACACAACCAGGCGCAUCUAUUAAGAACAUUACAGUAAUGGACUACACAACAGGCGCAUCUAUUAAGAACAUUGGUCAGUUAACAAGCUCUAGUUUUCAUUUAAGUGGUCCCCAAAGGAGGGCCAUAUCUUGCAAUUCCCUGGUGUAGAAAGAUUUGCUAUUAGCAAAUAGAAAUGGCUAAGAUAGAAGGUAGGAUCGACAGAUAGAUCUGCUCAAUAGGACCUACAUCUAUGCUACUGUCCCAGAUGGGACAAUCUGACAUGCUCUUCUAGCUAUCGACGACUCCUAUUGGAUGAACCGCUGGCGGUCAUUUAUUUCAGUUAGACGAUGACAAGUUGGGUAUUUUCCAAAGGUGUCGUCAGUGAUAGUCUAAUUUUCAAUGUCAACAUAAUACAAUUUCUACAGGGGAUACAGUACUUAAAUKRUAGUACUAUAAACAACAGUGCUGAAAUAGUAGUGUGUGUGUGUGUGUGGAUAAAAUAUAUAACGUCCUAUACAGUAAUAGGUUGGGUGUGUCCAGACAAAAGAUGUGACCAAAUUUGUAUUAAUUUAUGCUUGUACUACAUGGCCAUAUUUUGACCCUCAUAAUUCCAUGUUUUUGUUGAUUCUUAAUUCUAAACGUACAAUAUGUUAUUCUUGAAACCACGCUAUGAAAGCAGCAUGUUGCUAUGACAUAUUAACUGUACGUAUUUGUCAUACCGAGCUGUAAGCACUUUGCGCCACUUUGUCUUAUUUUGUCUCCAUUUUGGAAUCGGCGAACGUUACAGCUGGUUUGGAAAACCAAAUGCUCCCAGGAGAUGUUUUAYGUUCCGCCAUGUUAAAUGUUUCAUUUCAACCAAUCAAAUUAUUCAUUACCAUUCAAUCAUUUAAGUUGAGCAUAUGGAACUGGAACCAGUUCUGCAACCAGGUGACUUACCCAAGGACCACUCUCUUCUAGGACCACAGUUACGACCUACCCUCAAAUGUAAUGCCUAUGCUAUGUAUGUCAUAGUUGUCUUGACUGUGUGCUGCCAAAUCACGUCUAUUCAUUAUCAUUCUUUUUUUGUUUUAUGCGCACUUCUUUUGCCUUGAUUGUCAUAUUUGAAGAGAUUACUGUGUACAAAUCAGUCAUGUGAUUAUCCCGUUUGUGUAUUUCUGUUUUUGAUUAUGUCAUGGAUACUGAAGCUUUUUAAUUUUACUUCACUUGGGUACUUUGUGACCUCUAUCAAUGCAAUGGGUAUUUUACACAUUAAAAACACACAACAAAA